GGAACGGCAGUGAGGGAGUUAAAGGCGAGCAGCCGCUUGCUCCUCUCUCCUCUCUGGAAGAGAAACUCCCCUUAAACGCCCUGCUGCCUGGCCGCCCGCCAGGGCCCAGAGUAUGGGCUGAACACUGGAGGUUGAGGCGUGUGGCCAGCUUUGCCUCUGUAGAAGCACUCCAGGAGGGCCGCAGCCCCGCCGCCACCGCCGUCGGUCCGUACACCCACCGUCUGCCUGGCUGCCUGCUGUUCAUCUGUGAACCUGCCUUCUGUCCAUCCAUCUGUAAUCCCGUCCUGUCCAGUGUCUAACUGACCGUCCGUCUCUUAUUAUCCUCUCUCCAGCUAUCUGGCUUGUCUGCCAAUCCAUUUGUCUGUCUGUCUCUGGCCCCCAUCUAUUUGUCCAUUUGUCCAAUCAUCUGCAAGCCCAUCUGCGCAUCUUCUUGUCCAUUCAUCCACGAAUCUGUCUGUGCAUCUGUCUGCCCACCUGCAUCCCCCCUCCGCCUGGGGCGCAGAGCCAUGGCCCAGAGUCGUGGGACGAUGGUUGGCAUGGUCCUACUGGGGCUGGGGCUGGCCCUGGCCAUCAUUGUGCCUGCCGUGGUCCUUUCUCGCCACCACGCCCACUGUGGGCCCCAGGCCUUUGCCCACGCUGCGGUCGCCGCUGACUCCAAGGUCUGCUCGGACAUUGGGCGAGCCAUCCUCCAGCAGCAUGGCUCAGCCGUGGAUGCCACCAUCGCGGCUCUGGUCUGCACAGGCGUCGUCAACCCGCAGAGCAUGGGCCUGGGCGGAGGGGUCAUCUUCACCAUCUACAGUGCGACCACAGGGAAGGUGGAGGUCAUCAAUGCCCGGGAGACAGUGCCCGCCAGCUACGACCUGCAUCUGCUGGACCAGUGUGAGCGGACCCAGCCCCUGGCCACAGGGGCCCAGUGGAUCGGAGUGCCCGGGGAGCUCCGCGGCUAUGCUGAGGCCCACCGCCGCCACGGCCGCCUGCCCUGGGCGCAGUUGUUCCUGCCCACCAUUGCGCUGCUCCGAAGGGGCUACCGCAUGCCCCCCAUCCUCAGUCAGUUCCUGAACCACAGCUUGCUGCGGCCUUCCUUGCAUGGCUCGUCCCUGAGGCAGCUCUUCUUCAACGGGACAGAACCGCUGAGGCCUCAGGACUCAUUCCCAUGGCCUGUGCUGGCUGCCACCCUGGAGACCGUGGCCACGGAGGGUGCAGAGGCCUUCUACACAGGGAGCCUGGGCCAGACGCUGCUGGAGGACAUUGCCAAGGAAGGCAGCCGGCUGACCCCGCAGGACCUGGCAUCGUUCCAGCCAGAGGUGGUGGACGCCCUGGCACUGCCCCUGGGAGACUACACCCUGUACUCACCGCCACCGCCUGCAGGGGGCGCCAUUCUCAGCUUCAUCCUCAACGUGCUCAAAGGGUUCAACUUCUCCGCGGAGUCAGUGGCGAGGCCCGAGGGGAGCGUGAACUUGUACCAUCACCUCGUAGAGACCCUCAAGUUUGCUGGGGGGCAGAGGUGGCGGCUGUGGGACCCUCGAAGCCACCCAGAGAUCCAGAAUGCCUCCCAGGUCCUGCUGGGGGAGGCCCUGGCCAAGCACAUCCGCCAGCAGAUCGACAGCCGGGGUGACCACCAGCUCAGCCACUACAGCCUGGCUGGGGCCUGGGGCCACAGGAUGGGCACGGCCCACGUGUCUGUGCUGGGAGAGGAUGGCAGUGCUGUGGCCGCCACCAGCACCAUCAACACGCCCUUUGGAGCGAUGGUGUACUCACCGCGCACAGGAAUUCUCCUCAACAAUGAACUCCUGGACCUUUGCUGGAGGCGCCAGCCAGGCUCCAGUGUCAUCCCCAAACCUGUUGCAGGUGAGCGGCCCCCAUCAUCCAUGGUACCCUCCGUCUUGGUCAACGCAGCCCAGGGGUCAAAGCUGGUGAUUGGCGGGGCUGGGGGGGAGCUCAUCAUCUCUGCUGUGGCCCAGGCCAUCAUGAACAAGCUGUGGCUUGGCUUUGACCUGAAAGCAGCCAUUGCAGCCCCAAUCCUGCAUGUCGACAGCAAGGGCCAGGUGGACUACGAGCCCAAUUUCAGCCAGGAAGUGCAGAAGGGGCUCCAGGACCGAGGCCAGAGCCAGAGCAAGAACCUCCUUUUCCUGAACGUGGUCCAGGCCGUGUCCCAGGACGGGGCCUGUGUGGACGCCGCAUCAGACCUAAGGAAGGGUGGGGAGGCCUCGGGCUACUGAGGAGGCUGCUCCCGAAAGCCGGGAUCUAGCCUACCAUCAGUGUGUGCCCAGGCUGGCCUUGGCCGUGGGACUGAGAGC